AUGUUUCCUAGCCCUGUGACAACGACACCCUUCUCGGUCAAGGAUAUUUUGAACCUGGAGCAGCAUCAGAGCGGCCUGGCCUCCAUGGAGCUCUCCUCGCUGUCCUCCCCCUCCUGCAUGCUGGCCACCUUCAA